AUGGGUUUGUCCAUCUCAAAGUUAUUGGCGGGGCUAUGGGGAAAGAAGGAGAUGCGUAUUCUGAUGGUGGGCCUUGACGCCGCCGGUAAAACGACCAUACUCUACAAGCUCAAAUUGGGUGAAAUAGUGACAACCAUCCCAACAAUUGGAUUCAACGUGGAAACGGUAGAGUACAAGAACAUCAGCUUUACUGUUUGGGAUGUCGGAGGACAAGACAAGAUUCGACCACUCUGGAGACAUUACUUCCAAAACACUCAAGGCAUCAUUUUCGUGGUUGACUCGAACGAUCGAGACCGUGUUGGUGAAGCUCGUGAUGAAUUGCAACGAAUGUUGAAUGAAGAUGAAUUACGUGAUGCUCUCCUAUUGGUAUUCGCCAACAAACAAGAUCUGCCCAAUGCUAUGAAUGCUGCUGAAAUCACAGACAAACUUGGUCUCCACUCAUUGCGACAACGCAACUGGUACAUUCAAGCUACUUGUGCCACAUCUGGUGAUGGUCUUUAUGAGGGAUUGGAAUGGUUAGCUACCAACCUGAAACGGAAGGCAUAA